CUAUUUAAGGCUCCUGAGAUGCUUUCUUUCCCAUUGGGUGAGUAGUCUAACAGUGAGUGGGUGAGUUAGAGAUAGGGCUGUGAAUAAGUUGAGCUGAACGAUUAAAGAAAACCCUCUCACAAUCCAAAGAUGCCUAAAUUCAUUGUUAACACAAAUAUAAGCAAGGAUAAAGUUCCAGAAUCUUUCACAGGAGAGCUCACUCAGCAGCUAUCAAAAGCAAUGGACAAGCCAGCACAGUAUAUAGCAAUACAGAUCUCUCCUGAUCAGGUGAUGUCAUUUGGAGGCUCCACAGAGCCCUGUGCUAUGUGCUUUCUCUACAGCAUUGGCAAGAUAGGAGACCAGGAGAACAAGGUCUAUUCCAAGUUGCUAUGUGACCUGAUGAACAAACAGCUGAAAAUAUCAGCUGACAGAAUCUAUAUCAGCUUCUUUGAGAUCAGCGCUGGCAACGUAGGCUGGAACACCACCACCUUUGCUUGAGGUGCCCUCAGGUGGUAACAGCUUACUUCUGAGCCUUCACCAUGUUUUUGAACACUGAAGUUCUAGCCAUAUCAUCUGCGGUUGGUACAGAUGUAAGAGCUAGUGGUCCCUUAGUGGCUGCUAUCAACUGCUGCUUUAAUGUCCUGUCUGCUGCCUAAAUAAAAGUAAAAAUUCAGCAGAA